CAGAUGAUUUUUCCCAUAUGUUCUUGUUUUUUUUUGUGGUUUUUUCAUUAGGAAAUAACACAAAAGGGAUCAUUUGAGCAGUUUGUUAGUUUUCAGUUGGAUGAGGAAUCAAAAAAUCUCUGGUCUAAACUACGUUUUCUCAUACAGUUGGUCUAGAUUCUCAUUUAUAAUCUCGUUUGAUAUGAAAUACUUUUGGCAAAAAAAGUAUGCAUUUAGUAAUUACUUGCAUGCAUUCAAACAAUAAUGAUUGCAUUUGUUUGAUCUGGUAUGAAUGCAUAACAUAAAUCCAACAAAACCAAAAAAUUUAAAAUGCACACAAAUAAUUGCGGACCCGGUACAAAAAUCAUUUAAGCAUAACUGAACUUGGAAAUGGAUAUCGGUUACAGUUUAGCAAUAUAUACCAGUAAGUCAGUAACUAACAAAUUUAUAACAGAAACAAUGCGUUGCGCACCAGUUACUCGUCAAUGCAUACCAAUAGGCAAUAGCUAGCGAAGCCUACCAGUAUUACUUGAAUGCAUAUCACUAAAUACCAAAUACGUACCAGUAUCAUCCAAUGCGUAUCAAUAUUGCUUGAAUGCAUGCUAAUAACUACCAAAUGCAACCAGUCCGAUGACAUUAAUUUUUUCUAAAAUUGUAUAAAAGUGCAUCUUAUAUAGUAUAUCAUAAUUAAUUGAUUUUCGAUAAAAAAUUUAAAAUACGAGUUAAUAGAAAGAUAUAUAAUUUUUUAAAAAACAAUAAGAGAAUUAAUUAUAUACGAGAUAAUUAUUUUGCGAUUAAAUCUAUAUUAAUUAUUAAACAUUAAUGUAAAGGCUCAUAUCUAUCAUCAUUCAUCACCAUACCAAUUACCAACACUAACAAUGUUUAUGACGAUUAGAAAAUACAGAGAAGAUAAAAAAGAUUGAGAAAGAAAAUCAAAACCCCCAAAAUGAACAAAACUCCUUCUCUCAAGUCUCAACGUCAAGCAAUUUCUCUCCAUUGUCCAUAGCCUCCACAAUCCCUAAUCCUCGCAAACAAGUACCCACCAUUUUCUCUCUCUGUCUCUCGUUUAAUUCCUCCCCGUCUCCCCUAUACAGGUUUCUCCUUUCUUCAUCAUCUUCCUGUGUUGUUCUUCUGAAUGUCAAACGACGGAAAGCUAUCACCUUUUUGAUCCGAAACCCCCUUUUGCCGCAAGGAAACUUGGCCCUUUCCCUACUUCGCUGCCUCAUUACCGUUCCGCUCGUUUCCUCUUUGUCGGACUCCGGAACUGCUACCUGUGGGAAGUUGAAUGAUUGCUUUCCUGAUUCGUCGACCAAGCACUGGCAGACCAUUUCCUGGAUUUGAUCGUCGUUUCCGUUUUAGGGUUUUGAUAAUCUGCCUACCCAUAGUAUAUUUCCAAUUUGGCAAUCGCUAGAAUUGCUUCCGUAUUCCUCUUGAUUUUUCUUCUUUCCAUCUGGGUAGAUUUAAGUAGCUACUUUUUGGUAAUAUCAAUUAUCGGGUACAAAAUUUUGGAUUGCCCCCUCCCAUAAGUUUGUUGCGUUGGGGGUCCGUUUCGUUAUUGAUCACUAAGUACCCUAAGGUCACUGGAGAUAGGCUGUGCUAAGUUGUUGCUUUCGUGUCUUCGCUUCGAGAAUUUGUACCCUAACAACAUCAAGCGGAAGGAUUUCUCUUUUGAAGCUCUAAGUAGACGGGUCAGCCACAAUCUACGAGCUCUUUUUUGGCGUAUUUGCCAUUUCUGUCUUGAUGGUUCCGCUCUUCUGAGUGUUUGUUGGAAGAAGGAAGUUUGGUUUGGUUUUUUUUGGGGGCGGAUACUAGCUGCUGGUAGAUAAAGUGUAACUGCAUGGGCGAGCAUGAGACGCCGCAGUCACAGCCACCUAGUGGGCUCUUGCCAAACGGCUUACUUCCUAAUGAAGCGGCCUCCGUGAUGCGAGUGCUUGACUCGGCCAGAUGGUCGAAAGCUGAAGAGAGAACAGCUGAACUCAUAGAGUGCAUUAAGCCCAAUGAACCGUCUGAGAACCAACGUAAUGCCGUUGCUAGUUAUGUGCAGCGGCUCAUUAUGAAGUGCUUUCCUUGUCAGGUCUUCACUUUUGGGUCUGUUCCGCUUAAGACUUAUUUGCCGGAUGGUGAUAUUGACUUGACAGCCUUCAGUAAGAAUCAGGAUUUGAAAGAUACAUGGGCCCAUCAGGUUUGUGAUAUGCUGGAGAAUGAGGAGAAGAAUGAGAAUGCUGAAUUCCAGGUUAAGCAAGUCCAGUAUAUUCAGGCAGAGGUGAAAAUUAUUAAGUGCCGUGUGGAGAACAUUGCGGUAGAUAUAUCAUUUAACCAGCUCGGUGGGCUGUGCACACUCUGUUUCCUUGAAGAGGUUGAUCAUAUGAUAAAAAAUGAUCAUUUAUUUAAGCGAAGCAUUAUCCUUAUAAAGGCCUGGUGUUAUUAUGAGAGCCGUAUAUUGGGUGCUCACCAUGGUCUGAUAUCAACAUAUGCACUGGAAACCUUGGUUCUAUAUAUAUUCCAUGUUUUCAACAAAUCUUUUGCUGGACCACUUGAGGUCCUCUAUCGUUUCCUUGAGUUCUUCAGUAAGUUUGAUUGGGAUAACUUCUGUGUCAGCCUUUGGGGUCCUGUACCCAUUGGUUCACUUCCAAAUGUGACAGCCGAACCACCUCGGAAGGAUGGUGGAAAGUUACUUCUCGCCAAAUCAUUUCUUGAUGCCUGUGGCUCGGUAUAUGCAGUUUUCCCGAAUGGCCAAGAAAGUAAUGGCCAGCCUUUUAUCUCCAAACACUUCAAUGUCAUUGAUCCUUUGCGUGCUAACAACAACCUUGGGCGCAGUGUUAAUAAAGGUAACUUCUUCCGGAUUCGUAGUGCAUUUGCUUUUGGGGCAAAGAAGCUUGCUAGGUUACUAGAGUGUGACAGUGAGAACAUACAUUUCGAAGUGAAUCAGUUUUUCCAAAAUACCUGGGAAAGACAUGGAACUGGUCAUCGUCCUGAUGCUCCGCUCAAUGGCUUUUGGCAAUUGAGACCGUCAAAUAAUGAUAACUUGCUUGGCUCAGAGAAUGUGAAUCUCCAAAAUAUUGCUAGUGUCAAAUCUGGAAGUCAUGAAGGUCAAAAUAAUGCAUUGAAUGGGCCCUGUAUUGUUCCAUCCCAACAUGGUAAUCACGCCCUAGAAAGCACAUCAUGGAGUAGUGAUGUUGCCACAGUAUCUCAAUCAAAAAGUCAAAAGAUGAAUGUAAAGAUAAGUUUAAGAACUUCGGAUCAGGCUAGAAGAGAAAUCAGCACAAAUCAGUUUGUUCAUGCCGAAAAGAAUCUGAGCAGUUCUAAACCAGACAGCUUGGUAGGCGAUUUACAAGGAAGGUAUCUUUAUGCAAGAACACACUCAAGCCCUGAGCUUACGGAUACAUGUAACAAAGUUUCUUCACAAGCAAGGCAUGCUAAAGUUCCAGAAAGUGCAAAAGGCCAGACAACAGCAGCUAGGUCUGACAUUAUCAAAAGGCAAGAAACUGAACCUGAAAACUAUUUUCCCCAUGGUUUGGUUUCUUCUCCUUUGACUCGUCAUAUUCCGACAGUAGGACUGACAUCAAGUCCAGAAGGUUCAGUUGAACAUUUGAAUGAGAAUUUUGGUACUGUGGAAUUGAACCCUGAGGAGGCUGACAAUGAGUUUUGGCGUGAACAUGAAAGGGUUUCAGUUGGUGGCCUUGAACUUGAUAAUGGAAAUUUUGAGAUGGAAACGUCUGACGAUAAGCAGCAAUCUACAUCAGUUCGGUAUAACAUUGGUUCAUCUGGAACAGGUGGCUCUGGUAACUCUUCUAGAGUUCAGCCGAAGUUCACAAGGGGAUCCCUACAUUCAAAUCAGGGUGAACGAGGAGAACAUUUUCUGUACACAGAGAACAAAGGUGAUGGAGUUCUCUUUGAUGAAAGGCUCACAAAUUCAAGCUCGUUUCCUACCAUACCAAGUAAUUCUGUAAGAAGUACAGCUUCCUCUGAGAGUUCAUGGGAUGGAUCAUCUGUAAAGAGUGUGGAAGACCUGUGGAAGACCUCGACUACUGUGACAUCUGUAGUUCAUGUGAAAGGUAAAGGUAUAAAUGAAGGCUCCUCCAGCCAGGUGGACGAUGACAGCAAAGAGUGGAGCUCACAGUUAUCAACUAGUCCUGAGAUUGUUGAAAGAGGUUUGGGGCCUCCAGCUACUGGUGUCUCAAGGCAUCUGGUUCCUGGGUUUGAGUUGGCACAAACAAGUGGAUCUGAUCCAGUAGUGCCUAUUCCUCCAGUGCUAUUGGCUCAUGGCGCACGAUUUUAUCCUACGGGACCUCCUGUUCCAUUUGUUGCAAUGUUUCCCAUUUAUAACUUCCCUGCUGCAGAGACGGGAACUUCUGAGGCCUCUACAAGUCAGAUUGGUUCCGAGGAGGGUAUGAAUAACAAUGAUCGUUUUCAGAAUGGUGAUUUACUUGAGGGACAUCAUGAUCAGUCUGAAGUUCCAAGUCCUAGUAGUACUUCGAUGAGUGUUGCUGCCUCACUUGAGGCAUUUGAGCACAAGUAUGACAUCCUCAAUAGUGAUUUUGCUAGUCAUUGGCAGAACUUGCAAUAUGGACGGUUUUGCCAGAAUUCACAACUUCCUAGUCCAGUUGUCUAUCCACCUGUUGCGGUACCACCUGUACAUUUACAGGGUCGUAUCCCAUGGGAUGGCCCCGGAAGACCUGUUUCGCCAAACAUGAAGCUUCUCAGUCAGCUAAUGGGUUAUGGACCUCGUAUCCUUCCAGUUGCUCCCAUGCAAGCUGUUUCCGGUAGACCUUCUGGUGUCUAUCAACAUUAUGUCGAUGAGGUGCCAAGAUAUCGUGGUGGAACUGGAACCUACCUUCCAGACCCUAAAGUAGCAGGCAGGGAUAGGCAUACCACAAACUCUUCCAGAAAGGCAAACUAUAACAAUUAUGAUAGAAGUGAGCACCAUGGUGAUUAUCGAGAAGGGCACUGGUAUAAUUCGAAGUCAAGAGCCCCCGGGCGCAGUCACAGUCGUAACCAGGCUGACAAGUCGAGUAGUUCAAGACUGGACAUAUUAGCAGGUACAGGUGGGAGCAGCAGAUCGGAGAGGACAUGGGUCUCACACAGACAUGACAACCCCACUCCUGCUGACCAGAUUGAGUUUGGUUCACUUGGCCCUAUGGGGUUUGCCGAGCUGUCACAUUUGAAUGAGGACCAAAGACUUCAUGGCAGUGCAGUAGCUCAACUGUCUUCACCAGAUCAGCCUUCUUCUCCUCACCAUCUUCAGAGGUAGUUUUCAAAAUUCUAACCGUGUCAUGUCUCCCCGGCAGUUAAUAGCUGUGCAAGAUUUCUGAAUUGGAAGUCUGUCCGUCGUCUGUCUGCCCGACAAUGUCGUUGAGGGACUACAGUUUACAGCACAUUGAAUGGUAUAAUUAUUUGGAAGAUGUAGCUAUCAUCUUGAAUUUUGGUUACUGCACAUUGCUUAGGCUUGGGUGCGGAAGGGGUUUGUUUCUCUUUGAUUUGUUUUGUGAUUGAUGCAUUUGAUUUUUAUUAUGCAGGAGCAUUUGAGUUUUCCUUCAUUGCAGAAUUAUGGGUGGCUCCAGUGACAUGGUGGUCUAUUGGAGAAGGAUGAUUUCACGCAUCUUGCAAGAAAACGGGAAAGAGGGAGGAUUUCAUAUGAUUGUUGCAGCGCCCCUACUAAGUUCAGUGCAAGAAGCUCCUCAGCCGCUCCUACCAGAGUAAUGGUUUCGUUUCCUCUUCUCACCCCACUCAAUAAGAUAUGAGCCAGAGACUUCAGUUGGGGCAUUCAGCGCCUUGCAACCUGUAGUUCUUUGCUGCUGUUUCUUUUGCAGCUGUCUCUGUGCACUUAGAAGCCUGGCUUCUUUUUUUCGGACUUUCCCUGUUUAGAAAGUAGAAGGGGAAAAGUAACUUGGUCGUGGUGAAUGAGCUACCGCCACCAUUGCAGUAGGAGCAUGGUAAUUGGUGAUUUCGUUACUUCGAAUAGUUCGCUUAUUUCGAACACAGAAACUGGUAGGUCUCUGGGAAGAAACAGAUUGUAACUUUCACUGAUGUAGAAGACAUUUGAAUGCAGGUUUAGAAAGUAGGUGGUUGGAGUUAAAUCCUCUGCCCAACUCGAGCUUUUCCCCGUCAGUAAGUUGGUGAUUCAGUUCCCACAUGAUGGAUGGUGUUGUAUUAGGAGGUUUUGAUAUGUUAGUUAAAGUCGAGCUCGAGUAUAUGUGGUCUGCCUCUUUGUGAUCAACUAGUGUUUAGAAUGUAGUUAAAUAGUACAUACAAUGAUUACUGCUGCCAGCAGAAAAAUGAAACUGCUGCUGUUUAGUUCUACCUGCUUGUUCAGCUAUCAUAUUUGCUUUUAAGGGAGUUAACUCUCGUCUUCAGCCAACCAAUGUUACCUCUUUUGUUUUAAUUUUCUUUCUUGUUCAAUUGCAUUUACCCUUUGAUUAAAAAGGUUUUGUUCUUCACCUCUUACCGUUUGUCUUUCGGAUUCAGACAUUUAUGGCGUAGUUUCAUCACAGUUUUCAACCGAGACUUGCACCACAACACGAAGAUGGACAAGAUCAGUCAAAUUAGACUUAAUAUUUGAGUUCAAAGACUCAUCACCUCAUUUAUGAAGAAAAUGUCUUUUUUGAAAAAGUUCCGCGAACGAAAAACAAUUAAAAGUAAGUUUCUUUUUUUGGGUUUGAAUGAAAAACUUGAUGGACGCACUCUUCAACGAUUUUUGUGAUACCGGAUGUCCUAUUUAAAUAGUUCAAUGAUACUCAUUUCCCAAUUUGAAUAACUUAUUGAUAUUGUAGUAUUUUACCCUCUUGAUUGACCUAAAGUACAGUACUCACAAUAAAUUGAAAGUAGAUUUGAGGAGUCUAUCACCAAUUGACAAAGAGGUUCCUCUAAAGUACAAUGAGUAACAACGGUGAGACGAUAGGAUAACUUUUAUCAAUUCUGCCCAAAAAAAGAUAAAAUCCAAUUGAAAGGAAUACGAGAUUUGGUUCUAAUUCCUAAUCGGCCCAAUAAACUCGGCUAAUCGUCAAAUCCAACUGAAUGGAAUACCGGCAAAGUAAGAUCCAAUUCAAUGGGAGAAUAUUAUAUUUUUGUGAAUAUCGCUGGAUUUAUUCUCAGAAUAAACUGCGAUACAAGAACUUCAGCUUUCAAUGACCAAGCUGAUACCGUUUACCGUUGAUUAACUUAUGUUACUGUUAAGAGGAUUUCGGGAACAUCAAUGUCGCGAAUCUCGAUUCCAUGUUCUGUAAUUGACAUGUUGUUAUUAUUAGUGUCUAAUUUUCCAAGCGAGAAUCGAUGACCGCAACAGACAAAUUAGAAAGAGGCUUAAUUAAGACAACGAAGAUUGCUCUUAAGCGGCGGUGAGGUUCGGUGGGAAGUCGCGCUCGCACUACGGACGGAGAGAUGAAGUUGGUGCGAGAGGCGACAAGAGCUAGAGAGAGAGAGAGGCGCCGACCACUAAUUCCGGCGAGAAAAACAGAGGAGGAAGUAGAGAAGGCGGCGCCGGAAAAGAGAGAGGAAGCAGAGUCAGAGAGAGGACGGCGCUGUUGGGAGCUGUAAUGGGUUUGACUUUUGACGGAAGAGAGUAAGGAGCCGUACCGUCUUUUGGUUUUGGAGGCCCAUAUGAAACCAAAAAAAUUGAUUUCCUACCGUCCUUUAGAGGCCCAUAUAUGAACCAAAGAUUCGACUUCGCAAUGUGACCAAAGGGCCCUUACGUUCUAUGCUUGGGGUGUAUUGAAAAGUCUGGUUUCAAUAAUUCAAGUUGUUGAGGAAAAGUGUGGAGAUAUGAAUACAAGAUUAUUUGGUUAAAUAAGUUCUGAUACUAUUAUCAUAAAUCAAUUUUAUUUCAACGACUCAAAUUAUUAGAAGAAAGUUAAUUAUAAAUUUAUAUGUUAACAACUUGGUUGCACUCUUUCAGAACUUCUUUUCCUCUCCUUCUAUUGUUGAUAUGACUUAAAACCAUAUUAUCUAUUGUCGGCUGAAAGUGAUGAAGGUUUAGUUGUCCAGUCAGCGAGUUGGGGUCUAGAGGCGAAGCGCCAGAUUUGAAAGUUUUGGGACAACGCGCCCGACUCGCGGUGUAUGGGCUCAUACAUGUUUGUUUGUUUGUUUUGGGCUUUUUUUUCCCAAUUGGAUUAGGUUAGGGGUUGUCUGGAGAAGGAAGUCAGGAACUAUACAUAUCUUAUCACUCGUUAUAAUUUGUCUCUCCCCAGUCCCCAAGUAUAGUGAAACUGGCUCUUUCCUAUGCAUGAACUAACUACACACAUUGUCAUAGUCAACUACGUAAAUCUUUGUGUUCUUUACUUUCUCGCAUUGUCAACUUUUUGAUCCAUUAUAACACGCCAAAUGCUUACAAAUUCCAAUUGCUCUCUUCAAGCUUUUUUUCUCUUCAAGUAAUGACAAUAGAUAGAAAGAAAUACUAUACAGUCUACCAGGAACCCUCCCAAAGCACCACCUCAGUGAAGCCAACCUACAAAGUCAAAGAUAACUAACUCAAGAGGAUAAAAUAAUAGGCUUUUA